CCUGCAUUAGUAGUACAAUUCUGUUAUGCAGAAGCAGGAUUACGCAGCUGUUAUGCAGAAACAAUUGCAUUUAGUAGUGACGAAUUCUUAAGAAUUAUUCUUGUGGAUGUCGCCUUCCUCAUCGAAGUCUUACUGAGAUUCCGAUUUCGUCAGUUGUCGGAGGAGAAUGAUCGGCUAUUCAUCAGACCGUGGAUGUUCGAAGAUUUAUGGAUGGACUUGCUUUUGCUUGAAAAUCAGCUGCCUUUCUUCAUUCUUGAGGAUUGUUUUGACGCUGACAAAAUUCAAAGAUCUUCCAACCUUUCUGAGAGGCUUUCCCUAAUUGAUCUAACUCAUUUUUUUCUUCACAAACAAAAUGCAGAUAACGGAGGCAAUUUGGAGAUCAUACGAUCUUUUAAAGUAGCACAUCUUGUUGAUUUUUGUAGAAGCUUAUAUCUGCCACUGAAACCGUCAGCUACAAGAGGUCCAAUACCAAAAACCACCCUUAGCAUCACAGGGCUAAAUCGCGCCGGAGUCAAGUUCAAGUUGGGAUCGAGCAGUAACUUGUUUGACAUACAAUUCUGUAGUGGCGUGCUCAAAAUUCCAAAGUUGGCUAUAAGUGAUCAGUUAGAGAUAACUAUCAAAAAUCUCAUUGCCUUUGAACAAACUGACUGCAUGGAGACCAUCAUAGGUGACUAUGCUUUUAUCAUCAACCGUCUUGUGAAGACCUCAAAGGAUGUGGAGCUGCUUGUUGGUAAUAGUAUACUUGAAGAUGGGCUUGGUAGUAGCUCUGAAGCUGCUGCUGUGAUUAACAACCUUGCUGAUUGAUUGACUGUGGAUCCCAAAGGAUGCUCUUAUGGGACAAUUUUGAAUGAUUUGAACGAGCACUGCAGCAAGCCAUGGCACCAGUGGCAGGAAUACUUGCCUAAGCAUCUUCUCCACUCAACUUGGGCAACCAAACCAAUUGGGGCUGUUGUUUUACUAGUACUCAUUUUCAUACAGACUAUGUCUUCUUAUCUUCAUAGGCUUACUCAGCUAAAGAGCAAUCCUCACACUGUACGUCAAUAACUCAUUUGAUGGGAUGUGACUCCUUUAAUUUCGCAUAUCGUAGUAGUGAUUUCUAAGGUACGGGUAUUCUUCAACUUCGGUUUUGGUAAUGAUAUCACUAGUUGUUUCAUUGUUAUUUUGUUUCGAGAGGUUUCGGUUUGGUCCCCUUCUCUUGUUGUUCACUUAUGCUUUGAUUGAUUCAAUAGUAUUAGGGAGGUUAGUCCCCUCGUUCUCUUUCUUAUUGUGUAUCUUGCUUGUUAUUUUGAUGAAUCAAUCACAGUAUUUCAA